AUGGAAAGACCAUUAUGGGUACGGUGGCUUAAGGUUUACGCAUAUGGUGGUGCUAUAAUAUUAGGCGGGGUAUUACUUUUCAAAUAUACGACACCAACUGAUGAAGAAUUAAUCAACUCUUUUUCACCUGAAGUUAGGGCCCAAUACGAGAAAGAUAAGGAAAUACGUAGACAAGAGCAAGCGGAGUUGAUGAACAUCGUGAAAAAAACAGCUUCAAGUAACGAUCCAAUAUGGAAGACGGGACCUUUAAGGACACCUUGGGAGAGUGAUUCCAAAAAUCAAGAUCCCUUUGAUCAGUUUCAAAAGUUGAAGGCUGAAAAGAAACAGAAAGCAGAACUUUUAAGAGUGCAAGAAGAGUUGCAAAAAAUCCAGCAGCAGAAACGAGCACAGCAGAAACAGCAAGGGUCUAAUAGCUGGUGGGGUUCUUGA